CCCUUUUUGCUUUUAGUUUUUCAGACAGCGUUUUGCACCUUUUCCUGGCACCAACCUCAGGCAAAGCCUCUGCUCUCCAGCAAAGCUGGGAGGAGAGGCCUGUGCACCACAGUAACAGAGCUUUUUAAAUCAUGCAUUUCACUCUUUGUUUCGUUUCGUUUUCCUGGUAUUGUUCAAUAGUCUGACCCUGUGUUCCUCAUCCCAGCCUACUAAGAGUGUAUGCAAGGGAGAAAAUAACUUACAUUUGAGGGACUGAAAAGACUGGAGAGACUGACUGACUCAUCAGAAAGAUUCUGUGGGAAAGAGAUACUGAAAAUAUCUUUCUUACACACCAUGUUAAGUCACCAGUCUAUAUUUUACUUUAAGUGGAUUGAUUUCACAGUGGGAAGGAACUACUAGGCUGAAUGUUAGAUAUUAAUUGCUAGGAGACAGAAGUCAUCUUAUGAUGUCAUAGCUGCUCAGCUUGGGAACCAUUAUGAUGGAUUAGGUGAGUCUGUGCAGAUCUACUGGCGCAGCAUUUGUGAAGCUGCAGUGUUCAAAACCAUGCAGAUAAGCGUAGCUAACGAAAAAUUUACUUGAGAUGGCACAGGUAUCUUUAGAACCUCCAGAUGGUUCUCCCAAGGAUGAGUCCACUGGUUCAGAGACCCCCGUCACAUCUUCAUUGUGUGGUCACACAUCCACUGAGGACUCAGAAUUAAGGUCUAUUAUUGAGGAAAAGGCUUUUCGGGCUCUGUCUCAGGGUUCCCUGAUAAAAAGACCACAUCUCACUUUUUGAGUCUCUGAACCAGAUGACGACAAUGACUUUCUUUCCCUGACUUUUCCCAAAAAACUUUGGAAAACAGUAAACAGUGACAAAUUUAAGUCUAUUUGGUGGGAUGAAGAUGGCACUUCUAUAGUGAUUAACGAGGAACUCUUUAAGAAAGAAAUUUUGGAAAGAAAGGCUCCUUUCAGAAUAUUUGAAACUGACAUUAUGAAAAGUUUUGUUCGACAGCUUAAUCUUUAUGGAUUUAGUAAAAUGCGGAAAAAUUUUCAAAGAUCUGCUUCUCUAGCCGACUUCCUGGCAGAAGAAAAAGAAGUCUCUACCUUAAACAAGUUACAGUUCUAUCGUAACCCAAAUUUUAAACAAGGCUGUCCCCAGCUUUUAGUAAGAAUGAAACAAAGAAUUGGGAUUAAAAAUACUUCUCCAGUAACUGCUCCAUUGGUUCCAGAUCCCCACAAGAAGCACCUAAGAGCAGGGGGAAAUGCGGAUAACCAUAAUUCUGGUUUAGCUGACGAAGCUAGUAGAGAAAGUUUAUUUUCAACCUCUACAAAUUUAAGUGUGCCUCUGAUAAAGAAGCCUUCUUCCAGUCACAGAAUUGCUAACACAACCGACCUAAGGACAAGUGACUUUUCUCCUCCAUCAAUUUCAGCUAAACCAUCAGAACAAAGUGUCACAGAUCAGCAUCCAAUUUUCAAUCAGUUGACCUCUUUUCAUAGGCACUCACUGGGCAGCUAUAUACAGGCAAGUGCCCACAUUGUGAAUUUGAAUUUCGUUACAACUUCUUCUUCUAAAUACUACAUCCUACCUAACUUAGAGAACAUGUUUUCUGGACUAAUGAUGGUGCCUUCUACUUUCCCAAUUAGAUAUCCUGACCUAUCAACCAGUGAGGUUUCCGAGUCUAACCAGCUAACAGCAGGCAACCCACGGUACCCAGUGCCCACAAUAACUGAUACAUCUGCUGCCUCACAUUCAAAGUCAACUGAUAAAUAUGAAGAUCAAACAUCUUCGUUACAGCAACAGCUUCCUAACAACAGUCUAGCAAGCGAGUAGCAGAUUUUGCAGGAUGAAUUUCGGCUGACAAAUACGUAAAAUGUGCCUGUAAUUCUCUUAUGUGAACAAUAAAACUAUAUGUCCACCAUUGUGGCUUCUCUUUCCUUAUUUUUCAGAAAAUUCAAGAGUAAGAUGGUGUUUUAUUUCAAUGCAGACCACUGUACUAUUCAUCCUUUAACAUAUGAUCUUCUUAGUCAUUUGACAGGAAAUGGGUCACAAACCCGUCUAACUAAGUAGAGCUACUUUUUAAAAUAAAGAAAUAAUGAGAGCAAAGAAAACUGCAGUGAGGAAAAUUAGAGAUAUAAACUAGUCCGACAAGGGACUAAGGAGGGUAUAAAUCAGGAAGAGAAUUUUACAACUGGUAGUAACAAGGGCCAGUUUCUUUGGAAUGAGGCAUUCCAGCUGGUUUGUGCCUUUCAGUUCCUUUCACCAGAGAUGACCUUUCAUGUUUUCUAAUGCACUCUUUUAUCAUAUUGGUACCCUGCUCCAUCCCAGGACAAAGUUAAUUCCUUGUGCCUGCACUUAACACUGUUUAGGUUCUGAGCCAAGAUCCUCACAUGGCUAACAAAUUCUGUCAAGAUCUGGCAUCUCUGUACUUUGCAGCUUGUCUAUCUGUUCCACCACUGCUCGUCUGGAGCUACAUUCAGGCAAACUCCUUCUAGCACACCCAUUCCCAUCUUGUGACUUUUGUCUGUUUCCUC